GCGAUGGGCGGUUCUUUCACUUUCGCAAAACAGUCGGCAGUGAAAACAAGCUGCCCGAUCUGUCAAGAAGGGACCUUCACUGCGUCUGUUCUAGGCCUGUUACUUGAAGUUUGGUUAACAAGAAACAAUGGAGACUGGUGCUUAUGGAGCCUCGCUGGCCGGAGGUGCAUUUGACAUAGCGAGCUUUCUUAAACAGCCACAGACUAUACUACGCAUCUUGAGUUGGGUCUUCGCCAUUGUCGUGUUUGCGACCAUCACGGCAGAGGGCUACGUCACCCCCUCCCCCGCGGAGGCAGAAACCAAGUGCAUGUUCAACGCGAAGGACUCAGCCUGCCAGUACGGCUUGAGCAUCGGGAUCCUGGCCUUCAUGGCCUGUGUGGCCUUCCUGGUCGUGGACGCCUACUUCCCUCAGAUCAGUAACGCCAAGGACAGGAAGUACAUCGUCACCGCCGACCUCAUCUUCUCAGGCGUGUGGACGUUCUUGUGGUUCGUGUGCUUCUGCCACCUGGCCAAUCUGUGGUCCCACACCGACAUCAAAACCGCCGUGGCUGACGCCGCCCGCGCCGUGGUGGCCUUCUCCUUCUUCUCAACUGUCACCUGGGGACUCCUGACCUUUUUUGCCCUGACGAGGUACCGCCAAGGAGUGACUGAAUUUGGUGAGACCUACACCGACCCAGUCAGCGACCACACCACCCCCUACCCCCCUUAUCCCACCAGCGGCCCAGAGAGCUACCAGCAGUCUCCCUACACGCCCCAGUCUGAGCCUUUCGGGGAGGGGGGAUACCAGCCCCCAGUUUACUGAAGUGGGGGAGGGGCGUGGGUUUUGGUCACGUGACAUAUAGAUGGGAAGGGUUCUUUUUUUUGUCGUUUGUUUUUGUUUCAUUUUUUUUUUUUUUUUAAGAAGGCAACCAAUGAGAGUUCACCUGUGAGGACUGGUCCUUGCACUCCACUGUUUAUGUAUUUCGAGUAUAAUUUAUAGCCUGUUGUGUGAGUGUCUAUAAGCUGGUGUACACACGGCAUAUAAUUGCAUCCAAAGGUUUUGAAUGAGUAUUUUUGUUUUGUCCUUAUUUUUACAAUGUGUUGAGCAUAUGUGAGCACGCAUUAAAUUAGAAUAUGAUCCAGAAUUCAAUGUAUUUACUAAACGACAGUAAUUAGUGUGAGACUGCUAAAUUUGAACACUAUGUGUCAGUUGCAUCUUUGAUUUGCCACUAAAAAGCAACCAGUAAGAAAUGGAUGUACCACCAUAAAAACUUUGUUUAUUCUUGUUUAAUUUUUCAGGAGCCUAAUAUACUUACAGGUGAAGUGCACAGCUUGUAGGAAAACAGUGAAAGAUCUGCUAGGAAGCUAGCUUUGAAUUUUCAUUUGAAUUGAGAAGUCAUUUGACUGCAGGCUAUAGUGGUCGUGUCAAAGAUUGAGCAUUCCCUCCCUAAAUGCACAUUCAUCAAUAAUGCACAGGUACAUUAGCUGCAGUUUGUUCAUAUUUUCUAAUAUUACAACCUGGUGGUCUCUCCAAAGUGAAAUGUGUAAAAUGUACACCAGAGCCACUUCAUGUUUCAUUAUUGUGGACUGUCAGUCCUCUUUAAAGGGCCCACAAGCAGCCAGUCAGCAGAAUGAAUGGUGCCCUUGGCACACAAGGUUACAUGAGGCAUGUCCAACAGUGCCAAACGAUAGCACCCAAAGUGAGAGGAGUAAUCGUGUAUUUCUCUCACAGUGGAGCACAAAGUCAGUACAGCCAUAUUGUGGUGCCUAGCAUACAAAAAUGUUGGACUUAGUCUUUGCUGUUGAUACAUUUGUUGGCUUGCAGGCUGUGUCUUCCUAUGCCAGCAUAAAUGCGUCAGGUUGGCAUGUUCACAUAUUCCACUCUGCAGCAGUGUGGGAGGAAUGUUUUUGGGUUACUGGGCUGUAUUCAAACCUUCCCAUAAUCGCCACCAAUUUCUAAAAUGUAACUGAUAUAUGUGGCUAGUUCUAUGAUUGAGUUUUUUAAGGGGUGGGGGGAUGUAAUGGUAUUGUUAUUGAUGCACUGGGUCACCGAGAUUGCGGAGGAGGUGGACCCGGGUUUUCAUGCGGGUUUCUUGCUCCAGACAGACACACUGGUGCAAGGAUGCCAUAUUGCAAGAAAAUCUAUCUUGGAAUAAAGAUGUAUAUAUCGCAAUGCAUGUAUUUUUAAACUUUAAUCAUGGAACCCCCCCCCCCCCCCCCCAUUCAGUAAAAAAACAAAAAACACUUUAAAUGUGCCAUAAAUCUAAUAUACAUAUACGUAGAAAAUAUAAGUUUAGUGCUCUUAUAACCACUGCAAUCCACCCAAGAUGGUUGUCACAUAGACUUCUGUUCUUAAAAAAGUUUAAAAGUAGUUUGAAUUUCAAAAUGCUGAAAUAUGUAACUUUUCUGUGGGGUGGGGUUCCCGAGUGCCCUUUAAAAAAGGAGUGUUCCCAGAGAGCCUUGCACGUUUCCCACAAUCCCCUUCGGGGUCUGUCUGUAAGCAGCACUUUCAUUUUUCAGUGCCACUGAAAUCUCCGAACCUGUUCGCACACUGGACUAAAAAGUGCCUUAGCGGCGUUUUUUUUGCUUCUUGUUUCGUUUAAAUACACGCUUGUUAAUAUUAACUAAAUGUUUUCUUAUUUUUUAAAGAUGUUAGCAAGUGGUUCCUUAAGCAAUGACAGCUGCACUGUUAUCCUUUCUGCAGUUUUUGGUUGUUGUUGAUGUAUAUUUAUAUCUAUGCAAUGCAAGGGUCUCCACACAGAGCCUGUUUUUGUGCCUGUAGAUGACUAAACUCCUACCAGCAGUGCCCUCUGAAGGUUUCAGUCUUACUUCCAGGGCUGUUCAUUAAGCCUUAAUAAUAUCUUGUUUCCCACGCUUUUUAAAUUUGAAACUAUGAAAAGUUGAAAUGCCACAUCACUGUUCAUUUGUGGGGUUGGCCCAUUUAAGAGCUUUGUAAAAGUGGUAGAUGAGUGGGUAAUUGCGGUGGUGUAGGUGGCGUGGGGAAAUUAAGAUGCCGCUUCCACUUCAUGAAAAUGCAGCUGCUAGGCCUUCGGUGGCCCUGCCUCCACUCGGACUCCCUUGUACUGCAGCAACAUGAAAUCACCAACUCGCCAACCAGCGCAAAUCACACUUCUCCCAGAUUCAGUGCCAUAACUAUGACAUCAUUCCUGCGAGAGGUUGCGGUCUGAGUGAAGGGAGGUGGUCUGAGCAAUGCCGCCCCAUGUUUAGCACUUCUUCAGGUCUCUGUACACUUUGCUCAGAGACUUAAGGAGGGGGGUUCUGCCAAAUACUGUACCAUGUGCCUUUCGUAUGUACACGUCCUCCCAGAGGACCGCUGCCAAAUAAAGUCCCUAUGCUUGA